AUGCCCACUGUUCCGAAGUUGAAGCUCUAUACGGAUUCAACUCCCAAUGGCAUCAAGAUUAGCAUGGCCUUGGAGGAGCUCGGACUCUCAUACGAAGUUGAGCACAUCGAUAUCAGCACCAACCGCCAGAAAGAGCCAUGGUUCCUCGAUAUCAACCCAAAUGGCCGCAUUCCAGCCAUUGUGGAUACAUCUGACGAUGGUGAGCAGAUCAGGAUUUUUGAGGGUGGAAGCAUUCUACAAUACUUGACCGUGCGGUACGAUCCCGAGUACAAGCUAUCCUUCCCUCGGGCCAGUAAAGAAUAUUGGGAGUGCAAUAAUUUCCUGUUCUUCCAGCAUGGAGGUAUUGGGCCUAUGCAAGGACAAGCAGCCCACUUCUCCCGUUAUGCACCAACCAAGAUUCAAUAUGGCAUUGAUCGAUAUACCACAGAGACAAAACGGCUGUACAAAGUCCUCGAUACACAACUGGCCAAAUCUACAUCCGGAUUCUUAGUCGGGGAUCACAUCUCCAUUGCAGACGUUGCAAACUUAUCGUGGGUCAUCUUCGGUCCCUAUGUGGAUGUCGAUCUGGCGAAAUUUCCACAUUUGCAAAAGUGGGAAGUCAUGAUGAGCGAAAGGCCAGGGAUCUGUAGAGGUUUCCAUGUGCCUUAUCCUUUAAGGAUCAAGGACAAGAACCAAGAUGCGACAGCUAUGAAGGAUUAUCAGAACAGAAAUACCGACUGGAUCAUGAGGCAGAUGAAAGCCGAUCAGGAGGCCUUCAGUAAGGGUUAA